AUGUUGCUCAAAUCUGUAUUGACCUCUGCACUCCUGGCCGUGUCAUUCGGCUCGGAUAUUGUGGAUGCAUCCAAGCAUGGCAAAUUUGGACAGAAGGCACGCGUGCCCCAAGAAAGGGCCAAAAGAGCCAUUGAGGCUCGGACUGUGGAGACAUCGAGUACCAAGAAGGACUUUCGCUUUUUGAGCAAAAAAACCAAGCCUUACUUGGUGGACUCUCUACCCGAUGUUCCAUUUGAUCUUGGCGAGAUGUACUCUGGUUUGGUGCCAAUUGAUACUCAUAACGAGUCUCGAGCCCUGUUUUUCGUUUUUCAGCCUACUAUCAAUGAGCCGGUUGAUGAAGUCACAAUCUGGCUGAACGGUGGUCCUGGAUGUAGUUCUAUGGAAAGUUUCUUGCAAGAGACUGGUCGGUUCUUGUGGCAGCCGGGUACCUUUGCGCCGGUUGAAAAUCCUUAUGCUUGGGUUAACUUGACUAAUGUACUGUGGGUUGAUCAACCUGUCGGCACUGGAUACUCAAUUGGUACCCCAACAGCCGAUUCCCAAGAAGAGACUGCACAAGACUUCAUUAAGUUCUUCAAGAACUUCCAAAAGCUUUUCGGAAUCAAAAACUUCAAGAUCUAUGUUACUGGAGAGAGUUAUGCGGGAAGAUAUGUGCCCUAUAUCUCCGCUGCCAUGCUGGACGAGAAAGACAAGGAGUACUUUGACCUUGAUGGUGCUUUGGCCUACGACCCAUGUAUCGGACAAUUCGACUCUGUGCAAGAAGAGAUCCCCGUCGUUCCUUUUGUCCAGCAAAAUGCCAACCUAUUCAAUUUCAACGAAUCAUUCAUGGCAGAACUCGAGAGGAAGCAUAAGUCCUGCGGCUACGAGAAAUUCAUCGACGAAUAUCUGACCUUCCCCCCACCCGGAAACCAGCCCCAGAUGUUUUUCAACUACACCUCAGAGGCAGACUGUGACCUCUUCGACCUAGUCUACGACGAAGUCUUCCACAUCAACCCCUGCUUUGAUCUUUACGAGAUCAACUUAAUGUGCCCCCUACUAUGGGAUGUUCUCGCCUUCCCCACCUCCCUAGUCUACGAAGCCGUAGGCUCAACAGUCUACUUUGACCGCGCAGAUGUUAAAGAAGCUCUCCACGCACCAAACAUCACCUGGGCUGAAUGCUCGAACGAAGCCGUCUUCGUCGGCGGCGAUUCCGGCCCCGAGCAAGAAGGAGAUAUCUCCGCAAACCCAAUCGAGCACGUUCUACCACAAGUAAUCGAAGCCACGAACCGUGUUCUGAUCGGCAACGGUGACUUCGAUAUGGUUAUCAUCACGAACGGCACGCUCAUGUCUAUCCAGAACAUGACCUGGAAUGGUCACCUGGGUUUCCAAAAGAAGCCUUCUAAGCCUAUUGAUAUUCAGAUCGCCGAUUUGCAGUACGCUGAUGUCUUUGCUGAGAAUGGGGCUUCAUCGCUCGAUGGGCCACAAGGUAUUAUGGGUAUUCAGCACUAUGAGCGUGGUCUUAUGUGGGUUGAAACUUAUCAGUCUGGUCAUAUGCAGCCACAGUACCAGCCACGUGCUGCUUACAGGCACUUGGAAUGGUUGCUCAGACGAACUGAGGAGAUUUAA